UUCUGGCUGAAACCGAAACUCGACACAGUCUGUCAUCCGUUGCGUCAUUUCCGCUCCAAGGGAGCUCGUUUGUUAAGGCCUGGUGCCUGGUGGCCUGGUUGUAGAAGUUGUAGUAGUUGUGUAGUUUUACCUGUUUUAUAGCCCUAUGACUGUUGCGCUUCACCUCUACCACUGUACCUAUAUGCCUAUACCUUAUCCUACGCUUAUCCUAGGCCAGCUGUGAUAACAGUCGAGUGGUCGGGUCGUCAGGUAGUCUUCCGUUCGAAGCCCAUUCGCCUGUCUGUCGUUAUCUGAAGCGCCCUCGGUUGUUAGUUGCAAGCUGAUUUCGGGGCCUAUUAAAUGAACCACGUCCAGGCUGUUAGGCAUUUCUGUAGUUCUGAUUGAGGUGGACUCAUUCUCCAAUCAUGACCCCAAUGCUAUCGGAAAUCGUUGUUGGCACCAUCGAUAGGCACCGGGAAAAGCUCAACCGUGUCAGCCAAACAAUUUGGAAGAAUCCGGAGCUCUACUAUCGGGAAGUGAAGGCUCACGAUUAUCUCUCCCAAGCUCUCGAGGAUGAAGGAUUUCAGGUGCAGCGCAACUAUCACCUCAACACUGCCUUCAGGGCCGAAUUCUCAAACGGAGCGGGUGGUCCCGUGAUUUGCGUCAUAUGCGAAUACGAUGCGCUGCCUGUAAUUGGCCAUGCGUGCGGGCACAACUUAAUAGCUGAAGCGGGAUUUGCCGCUGGAGUUGCCGUCAAAGAAGCGUUGCGGUCCGAUCCGAAGCUCUUGGGAAAGAUUAUAGUCCUUGGAACCCCAGCUGAAGAAAGUGGGGGUGGAAAAGUAGACCUGAUCAAGGCAGGUGCAUUUGAGGACAUAGAUGUGGCAAUGAUGGUUCACCCAAGCAGAAGCAAUGAACUUGUUCCAUUGUUCAUUGGAGUUGGCCACUUGACAGUCGAGUACUACGGAAAAGCAGCCCACUCCUCCGGUGCUCCCUGGGAAGGCACCAAUGCUCUGGACGCUGCAGUCACGUGCUACAAUGGCCUGUCCUACUUGCGCCAACACAUCAAGCCAAACUGCAGAGUGGGAGCCAUAAUUACGGAUGGAGGAGCAGCUCCAAACAUCAUUCCGGAACAUUCUGCCAUGGACAUUUUGUACCGGGCCCCUACUGUGGCCAUCAUGGAAGAGCUGCGCAAGAAGGUGAUGUCGUGCGUCAGUGCGGGGGCUGAAGCAACAGGCUGUACGAUGGCGAUUACCCGGUCAUUCAGCUUUAAGCCCGUGGUCACCAACUCCGUCCUGGCUGGGCUUUACAAGAAGCACGCCGAGCGACUUGGUGUCGUGUUUGACGAUGGCAACCCGGAGGCAACGCUGUUUGUGGCCUCCUCGGACAUGGGCAGUCUGUGCCACACGGUGCCCAGCAUACACCCCAUCUACCGGAUCGCCUCGGCGGGGCCCAAUCACACGCAAGAGUUUACAGACGCAGCUGGCCACCCUGGAGCACAGGAACCAACACUGGUAGCUGCCAAAGCCAUGGCUCUGACAUGUCUGGACCUGCUGCUUCAGCCAAAACAGCUUGUGCCUCAGGCUAAAGCAGCCUUUGCCGCUGACAUGGAGCGCUCUCAUAAAAGUUAGUGCCUGCUCUUAGCUUCGGUGCCCUAAAAAUGGGACCCGAUUCAUUGUUUUGCUGCAAUACUGGGCUUUCAAUGGUUUUAUGGUGCUGACGUUGUGUUUGCAGAGUUUAGACGGUGAGGGACACCACGAUGGGAGCUCGACACAAAGAGGGGAUAAUAUAUGCAGCAACUAUCUAUAUGCUACUUUUCAAUCACAUGCUUUUAUGUUGGAUUUGGCAUGUCCCAUUAUCAAAAAAAAAUGAUGGAACUAAUUUUGGGGGUUUAGACUAUGAGUAUUCAUUGCAUUUGGCGGGAGUUGAUGGCCCGAGGGCACCACAGUAUUUCGUGCCUUGGUAGACUUCCAGUAAUAUAUUUAUUUGUUCUUCCACAAUGCAUGCAUGCAUGCAUAGAGAUCAGUACAAACCUGUGUGCACAUGCACCUGACAAGAACAAAACGCAAAACUUCUGUGUACGCUCGUGUUCUGACCCGUCAAGAGUGUUCAAAGGGUUUACUAUGGUUAAUUGAAUGCCAUUUCAUCGAAGCACGUUUCAGAAAAUGGGCAUGUUUUAUCGAAGCACGGUUUAGAGGAAGCAGUGCCCCAGUUUAGAGAAACGCCGUUUAUCGAAAAGGGGACGCUUUUUAAAAAAAGGCUUUCCUACUUCUCGCUGUCUGCGGCGGCUCAUCACAAAAAUGUUAACUCGCCUGAUUUACCCGUACAAGCCGCUUCGCGUCGGCCGAAUUCGCUAAAAGGAGGCUCAUCGCCAUUUUCUUUAAACUGGGUUCUCUAUAAAGGCAUUCGAUAAACCGGGGGUCGGUAAAACGCAAGCUUUUCUAAACCGCAUGCCUCCGGUGUUCAACAACAUGCUUUUUGAUGCAGAGGCAUCCAAUAAAAAAGGAAUGAUUAUGGUAUACAUGCAUUUAGAGGUAUGUAAAGAGAGAGAGUUUACCUUGAUUUAUAAUUGCCAAGGGCAUUUUGCUCGGCUCAAAUCAACUAUGCAAACCCCCUGUUGUUUUUUUUUAAACUAAUGUUGCAUCCACGCCACUGAGUAGCACACGUGCACUAGAAAGAGUGAUGUCUGCUGUAUGUCAGUUGGACAAGUUCCUUUCUAGGUUAUUCCCAGUUGCGGAGUCCCAUGAAUUGUAAUUGCAACAUGACAAUUAAACCUGUUUGUUGAUC